GCUCCUGGACAUGCUGGAAAGCGAGAACGUCGUGCUGCUGUACCGCAGUGCAUGGCCGAGCCCCCACCUGCACUGCAGGGAGCUAACCCCGGAGGGUGCAGGCGCCUGGUCACAGCUUCCAGGCUUGGCCUUCACAGCUUCCGCAGAGGACUUGGAAGGUCACCCACUCUUCGUGGCCCGGCUGCCUUCGAAGGUACGCGGUUUGGAGUUCGUGCUUAACGAUGGGGGGCCUCACUACCGCUGGGACAAGGCAGCCGGGGGCGGGAACUUCCGAAUCCCGCCUGGUUCAGAUGGUGUGUGGCUCAUCAGUGGCGGAAGAAUUGAAAAGUUGCAAAUGCCUCCAACACCCUCCGAGCCUCCAGCUGUCGUGAAGAUCUGCCGCACAUCUGUGGCACUCAGCUGGCGACCGGCAGCCCAAAGUGUGAAAGGUUACCGGCUCUUCAGGAACGGCCAGCAAGUAGCCUCUCUGGCCUCCGCGGUGCUGCAGUACACUGACACCGGCCUCAUGGCAGCUCAUGAGUACACCUACAGCAUGGCUGCUGUCAGCACGCAAGGUGUACUGAGCUCUUUGAGCCCAGCCGUGGGCGCCACCACCGAACCAGCAGGUCCGCCGGGAAAGGUCAGCGCUUUGCGCAUCGCGGCGGCCAACGGGCGAGGCAUCACACUCGAGUGGGCCAACUGCGAGGACACGGGCGGAGCUCCUGUGACGGCGUUUCUCGUGCAGCGCGAUGGCCAGGCGCCCAAGACGUUGCUGGCAUCGCAAGUGGAGAAGGGCGAGAAGUUCCUCUGGACGGACACGGACGUGGUUCGUGGGAGCAGCUACAGCUACAGCGUGGUGGCGGCACAUUUGCCUCCCAUGGCUGAGAAGGAGCUGCGAGAAGCAGUGCUGAAGGAGCGACAGGACAGCAUCCCGCCAGAGGACCAUUUCCCAGAAGUCACAGAGGAGCUCAAUUUGGGCCCACCGGCCUCCGUAGAGACCGUGGCCGUGGACGCCCUCGAGGCAGGAGACUGCCACGAGAGCCUCCGAGAACACCUUGCAGAGGUGCAAGAAAAGAAGAUGGGCAUCACGGUCUUCUACCAGUCCUGUUGGGGCCGCACCUACGCACACUGCUGCGCCCAACAGGACCGCUGGAGCGAGCUCCCUGGUGUGGAGCUGGAGUCCAGCCCAUGCCAUUCCUUCAACAGCGCUGAGGGCUGGCUGGUACUAUGCUUGCCCUAUGCGCGGAGUCUGGAACUGGUGAUGAAUGAUGGCGGCCGUGGUUGGGACAAGGCUCCCGGCGGCAAGAACUACAAAGUGAUGACUCCAGGCGUCUACGUGCUGACGCACGGGCACCUGGAUCCGGUGGCUCUGCCACCCCAGGAGCCCCAAGCACUGCAAGCAGAGGCACUGGACGGCUCCCGCGUGCAACUCGCUUGGGAGCCGCCUCCUCUGGCAGAUGGCGAGGCCCCGGUGAAGUGUUACCGCAUUUUCCGCAACGGCCGAGUGAUUGGCCAGACGGAGACCACGUCUUGCUCUUUCCAGGAUAUCAACCUGUUCGCCUUCACAGACUACGAAUACUCAGUCGCGGCAAUCAAUGGGCAGGACGUGGCGGGGCCGCUGAGCGAUGCCGUGAGCAUCAAGACCGAGCUCCCGGGCCUCCCAACGGCCCCAAGGAAUCUGCGAGCCAACCCCCGCAAGGAGAAUGGGAAGCUCGUGGUUUCGUUGGAGUGGGAGCCGCCCGCUGACUGCGGAGGGGCUCCAGUGGCUUCCUAUGAGAUCCUUCGCGACGGCACCGUUAUCGACAUAUACGAGGUGCCCAACGCACGCAUCCGCAGCGAGACGGAGGCUGCCAAACCCUUGGAUCCCGAGGCAGCGGCUGCCCGGCGCUGGGUGCGCUCGACUUGCUCCUACUCCAACCUGAGCUGGUUCAAGGAUGGAAUGGCCUGGACCGAUACGACCGUGGAGCUUGGCGAAUGUUAUUCCUACCAGGUGCGCGCCGUGCAGUUGGGCCCGGAGCGGGCCACGCAGCUCAAGGCAGGAGGUGUGGUCCAGCGUUGUGGUUCGCAGUUCUUGGACAAUGUCCUGCCGGACGUGGUCGGCCCUGCCAGCGAACCUGCGCAGGUACGAGCCACGGCCUUCCUAGACUGCCCAAAGUUGGGGGAACAGAGGUGCAUCAUCAUGUUCCAGGCCUUUGACUGGGGCAGUCACAAGGCUCCGAGCUGGUACAAGGUCCUGCUCGGCCUCCUUCCGGAGCUCCGCAGUGCAGGCAUCAACAUGUGCUGGCUCCCACCCCCAUCGGACUCUGUGGACGAGCACGGCUAUUUGCCCAGGAAAUGGUACGUCUUGGACAACAACUACGGGACUGCGGAGGAGCUCCAACACCUCAUCGGCAGCAUGCAUGAGCAGGACAUAGUGCCCAUGCUAGACGUCGUCGUGAACCACCGCUGUGCCUCCCUGCAGGAUUCGGCGGGCCGCUGGCUGAAGUUCGAGGAGCCGGACUGGGAGGGCUGGGCGGUCUGCUGCAACUCGCCAGCCGUGCCGGGGGGCAGCGGCGCGCACACCACGGGGGAGCCCGCAGCGUACGCGCCGAGCGUCGACCACUCGAAUCCUCGAAUCCGUUCGGACGUGAACGAGUACAUCCGCUACUUAAUGGAUGAGAUCGGCUUCCGCGCCCUGCGCUUCGACUUCGUAAAGGGCUACGCGCCCCGCUUCCAGACAGACUACGUGCGGGCUGCCGGGGAACCUUUCUCCGUGGCUGAGAACUGGAAUGGCGACGUGAACGGGCUCCACGACUACGUGCGGGAGUGCCAGGGCAAGAUGGCUGUCUACGACUUCCCGCUGUAUUAUGUCCUCAAGCGCUGCAUCCACAGCAACAACUUUGAGGAGUUGAAUUGCGGCGGCCGCCUUGCGGGCAUUGCGGGCCGGGAUCCUGCACGGUCCUGUACCUUCAUCGACAACCAUGACACCUAUCAGCUGGCCAUUGUUGGGGGCUGCUUCGGGAACAACGACCAGGUGUUGAGGGCCUACGCCUUGAUCCUGACGCACCCCGGCACCCCUUGUGUCUUCCACUGGGAUUAUGUCCGGGCACCGUAUGUGCGCGAGAAGCUCCUGGAGCUUUGCGCCAUCCGCCGGGAUGCCAACAUCCACUCAACCUCCCAGCUGAACAUCCACUGUGCAGCUCAUGGCCUCUACGCGGCCACCAUCGGCAACAGAGUGGCGAUCAAGAUUGGGACGAACGAUUGGAGCCCUGGCGGCGGAUGGAAAGUGGGCUGCUUUGGUGCAGAGUUUUGCGUAUGGACAAAGUGA